CGUAGCUACUGACUGAAGUGUGGAAGCGUUGUCAGUUUAAGUGAAAGGGAGACCGAAGGAAACGUGUUAGCUAGUCACUCAUAUUUCACUAUACUGUUGAGUAAAGGUACAUUUGCGUUUUUCUUAUUUUUCUAUUUUUAUUUCCUUAACUUUUAUUUUGUGCUGAUUUUUAACAUUACAGCGAUCGCUAGUCUGUUACAUUUCUUAUCAAGAGGGUGUCCGAUUUCCCCUCCUCCAGAGGCAUUGCGAUGCCCUCUGAUUUCAUAUCCCUGCUCAGCGCUGAUCUCGACCUUAAUUCCCCAAAAUCGCUAUAUUCUAAAGAGUCGGUCUAUGACCUUCUUCCCAAAGAGCUGCAGCUGCCGUCGUCGAGUGAGAGCACCCAAGCGGCCAUGAGUCAGAAGAGUGGAGGGGAGGCGGGCCCCCCGCCCCUGGCAGCCGUAGCCUCAGAUGCCAGCUCCACUCCGUCUGCUAUGCCCACGGGAGGUCCUCGCUCUGCUUUCCCUGACUCUUCCAGCCCCACCACGCCGCCCUCCGCCCCGGCGACCGAGCAGGGCUCCGCCCGGGAGGGGCCCGGCGGCCGCGCGGGGCCCGAGGCGCCGGGCCAGGAGGGCCCGCUGGCGGCGGGCGAGGCCGCCGGCGCCGGGGGAGUCAGGGCCGGAGGCUCCGGGGCCACGGCCCCCCCCCAGCAGCACCAGACCACGCCCUCCAAGCGCCGGACGGUCCUCAACAUCUCGCCGCCCCCCGAGGACCUGCUGGACGACAGCCGCAUGUCGUGCCAGGACGAGCCGCCGCCCGACUCUGAGCAGAGCAGCAUCUGGAUGGACGACUCGGCCUCCAACUUCAGCCUCAUGAGCUCCAGCUCCUACAACGACAACACCGAGGUGCCGCGCAAGUCCCGCAAGCGCACGCCGCGCCAGCGCCCCGGGCCCAAGCCCGCCUCCGCCGAGGAGGCCAGCAUGGACGUGUUCGACGCCGACAGCGCCAAGGGCCCCCACUUCGUCCUCUCCCAGCUGGGCCCCGACAGCAAGGCCGGGACCAAGGGCGGCACGGACAGCCCGCAGACCUCCCACCAGAAGGGCGGCGCUCUGACGGGCCAGUUCCCGGUGAAGGCCGAGGGGAAGGAGCUGAAGAUCCUGGUGCAGCCGGAGACGCAACACCGCGCCCGCUACCUGACCGAGGGCAGCCGCGGCUCCGUCAAGGACCGCACGCAGCAGGGCUUCCCCACCGUCAAGCUGGAGGGCUUCAGCGAGCCGGCGGUGCUGCAGGUGUUUGUGGGUAAUGACGCGGGCCGGGUCAAGCCCCACGGGUUCUACCAGGCCUGCAGGGUGACGGGCCGCAACACCACCGCCUGCAAGGAGCUGGACAUCGAGGGCACCACCGUCAUCGAGGUGUGCCUGGACCCCAGCAGCAGCAUGACGCUGGCGGUGGACUGUGUGGGGAUCCUGAAGUUGAGGAACGCGGACGUGGAGGCCCGCAUCGGCGUGGCCGGCUCCAAGAAGAAGAGCACGAGGGCCAGGCUGGUGUUCCGGGUCAACGUCCCCCGCCCUGACGGCUCCGUGCUCACCCUGCAGACCCCCUCGUCUCCCAUCCUCUGCACCCAGCCUGCAGGGGCUCCUGAGAUCCUGAAGAAGAGUCUUCACACCUGCACCGUGACUGGAGGAGAGGAGGUCUUUCUGAUCGGGAAGAACUUCCUCAAGGGGACGAAAGUCAUAUUCCAGGAGAAUGCAGCAGACGAGAACUCCUGGAAGGCAGAGGCUGAGAUUGACAUGGAGUUGUUUCAUCAGAAUCAUUUGAUUGUGAAAGUCCCUCCAUAUCAGAACCUGGCAAUCUCGUCUCCGGUUGCGGUGGGGAUCUAUGUGGUGACGAACGCUGGGAGAUCCCACGACGUGCAGGCUUUCACAUAUACUCCAGAGCCAGCAGUGAACGCCAUAGAGGUGCCCGUGAAGAAGGAGGCUCCAUCCCCGGCCAAGCCCUGCUUGUUUGACGAUCAGAUUCAGGUAAUACAGAGUGGAGGCUGUAGCUUGGACAGUGCCUUGAUGGCCCCGUUGAUGCCCCUUAUCAAGAGGGAAGAAGUCACCCCCAUGGAGGUCUCCAGUAACACCUCUGCUACUGGUGUCUUCAAGCAGACGUCGGAUGUGAUCGGGUCGGCCCAGCAGACCCUGGACAUGAGCCCGUGUGCCCCCGCCAGCAGCAUGCCCUUCCCCAGCACCAUGCCCCGUCCGGGGGGGGACCCCGAGCAGCCCCAGGCUCCCGUCUUCAGCGGCCCGGAGCCCCUGAGCACCAUCCAGAAGCAGGACAUCGCGCCCACCACCUCCUUCCCCGUGGCGGGGGACUCCCUGCUCCAGCAGGUGCCCCAGCAGUUCCUGAUGGAGCCCCGAGAGAACCUGGCCCAGGAGCGGCCCAGCAGCACUGCGGGCCCGGUGGCGGGCCUGGCCCCCAUGGACGCCCAGCAGGGGGCGCCCCAGCAGCUGCCCAUCUUCCCCCAGGACAGCGUGGCCCAGCUGGAGAGGGCCGUGCGUGAGCUCCAGGCGGGGGGCAACGGCAGCCUGGUGCAGCAGGUGCUGGAGGCGGCCGCCCAGCAGCAGCUCAACUCGGUGCUGUACAGCCCGGGGCCCACCACCGCCGAGAGCAUGCAGCAGCAGGUGCAGGAGAACAUGAACAGCCUGCAGCUGCAGCCCACCGAGAGCUCCCUCGCCAAGCAGCAGCAACAGCAACAACAACAGCAACAACAACAACAACAGCAGCAGCAACAACAGCAACAACAACAACAACAACAGCAAGUUCUGGAGAACCUGCAGCAGCAUCUGCAGUCGGAGAUGUUCCAGCCGCCCAUGCCCAUGCCCAUGCAGUGCAGCCUGUUCCAGGGCGGGUCCCGGAGCGACACCCCGGAGAAGCAGGGCUCCCCGCAGGCCAUGGUGCAGAGCCACGGCGGCCUCUUCCAGCCGUCGGAGGGCCUGCUCUGCCCGGCCUCUCAGGCCCAGCCCCAGCCCCCGCCGCAGCAGCAGCAGCAGCAGCAGCAGCCCUCGCUCUUCCAGCAGGCGGGCGAGCUCCUCUCCAUCCAGACCUCCAGCUUCCUGCAGCAGCCGCCCGCGCACCCCUCCCCGCCCCAGCAGCUGUUCCACGCCCCCAGCCCCAUGGCGGACGGGCAGGAUUCGCCGGGCGCCAUGUUCCACGGGCAGAAGGCCUCCGCCACGCAGGUGCAGGCCGCCAUGUUCCAGAACACGCUGACCGUGCUGACGGGCUCCGCGCUCUCCCCCGAGCAGCAGGCCGGCGCCUCCGGCCUCUACCUCUCGCCCGGCGCCAUGCCCGCCCAGCUCACCGUAGACGCCGGCCAACAGCAGCAGCAGCAGCAGCAACAGCAGCAACAACAGCAACAACAGCAACAGCAGCAGCAGCAGCUAGCUUUCCUCACCUCCCUGCAGACCUCCUCCGGGGAGCCCCAGUCGGUGUUCCAGCCCCAGGCCCAGCUCCAGCAGAGCACGCCCAUGGACCAGCAGCAGUCCUCCCAGCCCCCGCCGCCCCCCCAGCCCACGCAGCCCCAGGCCUCCCUGUUCCAGAGCAUCUCCCCCCACCCCCCGGCCAGCACGCACACUCCCAGCCCCCAGCAACAGCAGCAGCAGCAACAACAACAACAGCAACAACAGCAGCAGCAGCAGCAGCAGCAGGCCGGCCUGCUGUUCUGCAGCAGUGCCAUGAACCCGCAGGAUCAGCCCCCGUCCCUGCUCUUCAGCGGGCAGGCGCAGAUCCCCCCCAUGAGCAGCGGCAGCCUGCCCUCCCAGACGGCCCAGAAUCCCGCGCUGCUGUUCUCCCAGGCCAGCGCCCAGCAGGAGCCCACGGAGCCCAUGUCCUUCCAGGAGCAGUGCUCCGUGGCGGGGAACCCCCCGGCGAGCGAGCCCCAGCAGCAGGGCCUGUUCCAGGACCAGCAGCCCAUGCAGCUGGCCCCCAGCUCCAGCAGCGCCCCGGAGCAGUCCGUCACCAUCUUCAUGACCCAGCCCAACAUGUCGGCCCUGCAGGGCGGCCUGGGGGCCCAGGACCUCCCGCCGGCGACCAUCUUCGCGGCGCAGAACGGCGUGGCCGGCCUGCAGACCACCACUUCUUCCCCCGUGCAGCAGCAGAGCUCCCUCUUCCAGACGGCUGUGAGCGGGACCAUGAGCCAGCCUGGCCAGCCGCAGCAGCCUGGCCUCUUCCUGUUUGGCAUCCAGAACGAGUGUGGCCAGCUGAUAAACACCCCUGGGCCAAUGCUGUCCGAUCAGCUCAUCGCCAUCAGCCAGUCAGGACAGACCCAGCGCGAGAGCGAGGCCCAGAUACAGUCCCUGCUGAACCAGUCCAUGUCCGAGUCCGGAAGCAUCCAGAACAGCAUGAUCGCGUCGCAGAACAUGGAGAAGAUCGACGACCUGCUCGUCAGUCUCCAGGAGCAGGGCAACAAUCUCUCGCGCUCCUACUAGUUUGGCUGUGGGACACGGGACCCGAGGCCCAGCGGCGGUGGAGAGGAGGUGGCGGAGGAGGUG